AUGCAAGGUCUGAGCGUGCUGCGCGAUAUUUGGACGCAUGAGCACAUUUCUUCAUCUUGGGGCGAGUCACUGAUAAUUCCCGUUUUCAAGAAAGGAUCUCGCAAACGAUUACGUCAGCCACCGCGGUAUAAGUUUGAUCCCGAUCGUCAUCAAAGUGCUAGCCUCGGUCAUACUUCGAUGUCUGCUGCUUUAAGAGAAAUCAACGUCCGUGGACAACAAGCCGGAUUCCGGCCUGGUCGUGGAUGGAUUGAUCAAAUGUUUACGUUGCGUCUGGUCCUUGAGCUGCGCCACCCACCGUCGACCAACGAUCGCAGUGUCUCUUGA